ACAUCAUCCUCCGAAUACCAUCCGUAUAUAAAAGUAAAACCGUUAUAAAAAACCAGCCAUUCGCAUUUUAUGAUACUCUCAGAUACAGGUAUACUGAAAAUUCACCAAAUCUAACUCGUGAAUUAAAAAUUCUUCCCCGAGAUAUCUAGAUCACUUUCGAGCCGCAGUACCUAGACCUAGACGGAGAUAUAAAUCGUGUUCGUUGAAUUUGUUUGCGCGAUAUAUUGUUUCGAUUUUAGCCAUUUAUUAUAUUAUUUCAGUGAUCGUGCUCGGUGUUUAAUUUAUAUUUCAUUGUUGUUUUAUGAAAGUGAGAGCCUUUCCGGGCCACAGUUCACUUUUUAGUUGAAAUUUUUUACUCGAGUGGUGGUUUUGUACUUCAACCUGUGCUCUGGAGAUUCAUGCGGGUAACAUGAAACCGCACCCUAUCGGCCUAUAUUUAUUAUGCGUGUUAUUGGCCGGCUAUGCGUCAGCACAGAACGGAUACCAAUAUAACCGACCAAACGGGCAAUCAACUUUGAAACCGUCGAAUGGAAAUGGCAAUGGCAAUGGAAACGGAAACGGAAACGGUCGAAAUAGCGCUCAGAAGAACGGUUUCUCGGGUCAGAAGAACGGUGCUCAAACCAACGGUUACCAAAAUGGUCAAAAUGGCCAAAGUUACCAAAAUAGUCAAUCACCAUCAAAUGGUUACCAAUAUAGCAAACCUUCGGUGAACUUCCCACCUCCAACUGCUAGUCCAAAUGGUGCUCCAGUUACCACACCAAGUGCCGGAUACUCAUCUCCGGCCAGUUUUCCUCAACCAUUCAGACCAAAUGGUGGAUCCACACCAGGAGGAUUCCCUCAACCAUAUUCUACUCAGUCACCUACCAGUUUUGGAUCCACUGAAUCUACCAAUGGGUUCCAAACAUCGACUGCUCAAAAACAAACCAAUGGUUUUGGUGCACCCCAACGCACCAAUGGUUAUACCCCUAGACCUCAGUCAUUCAGCAGUUUUCCAACCGCUUCUACAAAUGCAGGUUAUGGAUCUAGUCAAGUAACUGGUGGUUUUAGUGUAGAACCAAGUAGUACUCCUGCUCCAGGUUUUGAACCAUCUGGAUACAGUGGCCCAAACCAAGGUAAUAGAUUUGGUAAUACCGGAUAUGGUGGUGCUCCAACACCAGAUCAAUCCAGUUUCAAUGCCGGAAGCACUGGACCAUCUGGCCCAACUGGUUACUACUCACAGCCAACACAAAGGCCAGGAGGAUUCCCAACUGCUGGAAGUCCGGCUCCUUCAGGACCUAGCAAUUUCCAAGGUCCAGGUAGCACUCCAUCUUCUGGGCCUACUUCUUACACUCCUGGAAGUCCCGCAUCUCUCGGACCAAGCAGUUUUACCACAGGAACUGCUGGAUCUCAAAGACCGAGCUCAUUCACCACUGGAAAUGCUGGAAGUUUGGGACCAAGUAGUUUCAAUGCUGGAGGUGGUGCUUCUCAAGGGCCAAGCAGUUUCAAUGCUGGAAAUGCUGGAGGACUAGGACCUAGUAGUUUCAAUGCAGGAAAUGCUGGAGGAUUAGGACCGAGUAGUUUCUCUGCUGGCGGCGGUGGUCUCCAAGGACCUAGUUCGUUUACUUCUGGAGCUCCUGGAUCUCAAGGUCCAAGCUCUUUUAAUGCCGGAAGUACUGGUCCUCAAGGUCCUGGUGGUUUUGUUCCUAGCAAGCAGACUGCAGCUCCGGAUGAUGGCAGUUAUGAUAAUGGCGACUAUUCGGCUAUUCCAGGAUCUCCUAAUACUGAUUACCCUGUUUUCGCUGAAAUACCAAAGACUUCAUUUAGUUGUAACGCUCAACAAUUCCCAGGUUAUUACGCGGAUGUUGAAGCUCGUUGCCAAGUAUUCCACAUUUGUGCAAAUGGAUUGAAAUACGAUUUCUUAUGCCCUAAUGGAACUAUUUUCAGUCAACAACAUUUUGUUUGCGUUUGGUGGAAUCAAUUCGAAUGCAGUACUGCUGAAAGCUUCUAUAAUUUGAAUGAAAAAUUAUAUCAAGCUGGACCAGCAGCUCAACAAGGACCAACUGCCAACUUUGGAGGCUUAUCUGGUCCCCAAGGACCUUCAGCCAAUUUCGCUGGAGCAACUGGCCCUCAAGGACCAACAGCUAACUUUGGUGGUCUGAGUGGCCCUCAAGGACCAACUGCCAAUUAUGCCGGUGCUCAAGGUCCUCAAGGACCAACGGCUAACUUUGGUGGUCUGACUGGUCCUCAAGGACCAACUGCCAACUUCGGAGGUGCUCAAGGCCCACAAGGACCAACUGCCAAUUAUGGUGGUGCCCAAGGGCCACAAGGACCAACUGCAAACUUUGGCGGUGCCCAAGGCCCACAAGGACCAACAGCCAACUUCGGUGGUGCUCAAGGCCCACAAGGACCAACUGCCAACUUUGGCGGUGCUCAAGGCCCACAAGGCCCAUCUGCCAACAACUAUGGUGGUUUCCCUGGAUCCCAAGGACCAUCAAGUAACUUCGGUGGCCCAAUAGGCCCGCAAGGACCAACUACAAGCUAUGGCACUCCUACUGGCUCCCAAGGUCCAGCUGGUGGUUAUGGCAGUCCAGCAGGUUUUCAAGGCCCAACAUCCAAUUUCCCAGGUUCAUUAGCUACACCCAAAACUCAAAACAAUUUCGGCGCACCAACUGGCCCAUCUGGACCGACUGAAACCGAUCAAGCAUUAAAUUUCCCUAAAUACGGAGCUCCUACGAGUCAACAACUCGAUUACGGAACUGGAACCACUCUGGCACCAGAAGACAACUUGGAUAUUCGUUUCCAACCAGUUCAACCUAAAGCUCCAUCAUCACCAUCGCGACCUGCUGGUGGUUAUAGUCAAGGUGGAUUCCAGACUGCCGGACCUGGAGGAUUUUCCAGUUCACCUUCAGAUAGUUUUUCUCCAGUAACUGCCACUGAACAAUCAGUUACUGAAAUCAAUCCAUUUAAUAUUUAUAGUGGACCUGAUAAUACUUUCUCCAAUCUCGAGACUGAAUCACCCACCAGUCAAAGUUUCCCAUCGCAAGGUGGCAUACCACAACCCAAUAGAGAAUAUUUACCGCCUGCUUAUGGCAAAAAAAGAUGAUCCAAAUAAUUUAUUAGUGUUUAUGUGAAUUUGUAAAUAAUUUUAUUUAUGUUUUUUUCUUUUUUUCUUCUUCUUCUUUGUUUUCCCCUUCUUCUAGACAAAACGCCAGUAAAAUUAAUUUUAUACGAACCUUUAUAGAAUAUUUGUACUAUUUGGUAGAAAAAUUUCAAUAA